GAGACGCCUUGGGUUUCUCAAAGAUUCAACUGAAGACACGGAAAUCGACAUGAGCCGCGGUACAGGAAGGCUGAAUUUCUGAAGUUAGCGAUCGAAAAUAUACACUAAGGAAAGGUGACCUAGUUACGGCUGAUUAUUAUUGUAGCUCAAAUACUACAACUUUUAUCUUUGGCGUCCUUUAUUCAUUUCUUUGUUUUAUUUAUUUAUUAAUCAAAAAGCAGAAAGAAGCGGCGAGAAGAAGCACACGCACGCACUGAGUCUAACUGUGUUGACCGGUAAUGUCCUUAAACACAGAAUGAGUCCCACAUAAGCACAGGCAGGGCAGCAGUGAUGUGCCUUUUACACUCUGAAGAUGAAGAUACCAAAGUUAGCCAGUGUCUUUGUGUUUCUGGGCUGUCUGGUGGCCUAUCUCACGUACGUCAAGAGGCAUGCCGACAGCGGGAAGGCGAUGUUCAUCAAAACGCCAAACCACCCCUCCGCAGCUUGUGUCUCUCUGGAGCACCAACCAUGCGUAGAGGAACUCACCACCAGCCGCUUUCAGUAUGGCGUCAUGUUUGAUGCUGGCAGCACAGGGACAAGAAUUCAUGUCUUCAAGUUUCUCCUUGAAGAAAACGAAGCCCCCAAACUGGCACAUGAAGUAUUCAAAGCGAUAAAACCUGGCCUGUCUGCAUAUGCCGAUGAGCCAGAUAAGUGCAAAGACGGUGUACAGGAACUCCUGGGGGUUGCCAUGGAGACUGUCCCCAUGGCCUUGUGGAAGAGCACACCUGUUGUCCUGAAAGCCACAGCAGGGCUGCGUCUCUUACCUGGAGAAAAGGCCACUCACCUGCUGGACAAGGUGAGAAAUGUCUUCAGCGAAUCGCCAUUUUUGUCCAGAGCAGACAGUGUGUCCAUAAUGGAUGGAACUGAUGAAGGUGUUUCUGCAUGGAUCACGGUCAACUUUUUAAUAGGCAGCCUGCACAGCGCAAAGAAGGCCACUGUCGGCAUGCUGGAUCUGGGAGGGGGGUCCACGCAGAUCACCUUCUCCCCACAAAACGAGAAAACCAUCCAGACCUCUCCUUUUGACCACAUCACAUCGAUUCAGAUGUUCAACGGCUCCCACACGCUUUACGCGCACAGUUACUUGGGGCUGGGACUCAUGUCAGCAAGACUCGCUGUUCUGGGUGGAAUUGAAGGGCAGCCCCUAGAUGGCAGUCAAGAGCUGGUGAGCCCUUGUUUAGCCCCUCAGUUCAUGGGCCAGUGGGAACAUGCUGAAGUGCAGUAUACAGUCAAAGGACAGAAAGCAGGGGAGCCAAUUUAUGAGUCCUGCUAUACGAAGGUGGAGAAGGUGCUAUAUAAAAAAGUGGAAAAGGCAGAGGAGGUCAAAGACAUUGAUUUCUAUGCCUUCUCCUAUUAUUACGAUAGAGCAGUAGACAUUGGAACAAUCGAUGAGAAAACCGGUGGGACUGUGAAAGUGAGCGAUUAUAUUGAUGCUGCUAAAAAAGCUUGUAACAGCAUGGAAGUCACACCUGGACAGCAUCCCUUCCUUUGCCUGGAUCUCACGUACAUUUCAGUUCUGCUGCAACAACUGGGAUUUCCAAAAGACAAAGUUUUUAAGUUGGCAAGGAAGAUAAAUGAUGUGGAAACCAGCUGGGCACUUGGAGCCACUUUCCAUUACCUCGAGUCUCUGCGCAGACACUAAGCAGAUGGCUGUGCACAUGUAGCCACUGCUGAUGUGAUUGAUGACACCAUUCCCUUCCUCUCUCUGUUGUCUUACCCUCAGAAAGCUUCUUAGUAACUGUACUGGCAUUUUGUAGUAUUUACUUUAUUGGAAUGUAUGUUUCUUUAAGCUAUUCUUUGUGGACAUGUUGACAUUGUUUGGGCAUUUUUAACGCUGAAAUUUGUCUUUCUGUGUGUUAAGGGAAAUACAUGUUCCUGACACUCAGACACGAGGUACUUUUUUGAAGAAGCAUGAUAUAGUGGGAGAUUUUGGUUUUCAUUAAUGAAGUCAAUACAAGGGCAAGAUAACUGAUAUUCAGGUGCCAUGUACUCUUUCAGAACGGCAUUUUUGUGAUCUGAGAUUUCCUGAAAAAUUGGUGGUGUGAAUGUGGGUUUUAUUCAAAAAAAACAGCCUACUCUGUUUUGAAACUGGCUGCUUAUUUUUAUAGUAAACAGAUUAUCACUGGAA